AUGCACCGCUCACUCCGCGCCUGCCGCCGCCUGGGCUGCUCCGCCGGCCUCCUCGCGCGCCAGCCGCCCCUGCGCGCCGCCGCUCGCUGGGGCCCGCCACCGCCGCGCGCCGCCAUGUCCACUCAAGAGGCUUUUAGGAUAGAAUAUGAUACCUUUGGUGAACUGAAGGUCCCAAGUGACAAAUACUAUGGUGCCCAGACUGUAAGAUCUACAAUGAACUUCAAGAUUGGAGGUGUUUCAGAAAGAAUGCCGGUUCAAGUUAUAAGGGCUUUUGGCAUCUUGAAGAGAGCAGCUGCUGAAGUAAAUCAAGAUUAUGGUCUCGACCCAAAGAUUGCUAAUGCUAUCGUAAAGGCGGCAAAUGAGGUAGCUGAAGGAAAAUUAAAUGAUCACUUUCCAUUGGUGGUGUGGCAGACUGGGUCCGGAACUCAAACCAAUAUGAAUGUCAAUGAAGUCAUCAGCAAUAGAGCCAUUGAGAUAAUGGGGGGUGAACUGGGGAGCAAAAACCCAGUACAUCCAAAUGAUCAUGUUAACAAAAGCCAGAGUUCAAAUGACACUUUCCCAACGGCAAUGCAUAUUGCUGCUGCCCAGGAGGUUAACGAGGUGUUGUUACCUGGACUAAAGAAGCUACAGAAUGCACUUGAAGCGAAAUCCAAAGAGUUUUCCCAAAUCAUAAAAAUAGGGCGCACUCAUACCCAAGAUGCUGUUCCACUUACGCUUGGACAGGAAUUUAGUGGCUAUGUGCAACAAAUUAAAUAUGGUGUGGCUAGGAUUGAGUCAACCAUGCCAAGAGUGUAUCAGCUGGCAGCUGGCGGGACUGCAGUUGGUACAGGAUUAAACACAAGAAUUGGCUUUGCUGAGAAAGUUGCUGCUAAAGUGGCUGAACUGACAGGUUUGCCUUUUGUCACUGCUCCAAAUAAGUUUGAAGCUCUUGCAGCUCAUGAUGCUCUAGUUGAACUCAGUGGAGCUAUGAACACAGUGGCAUGUAGUCUGAUGAAAAUAGCUAAUGAUAUUCGUUUCCUGGGUUCUGGACCACGCUCUGGACUAGGAGAACUCAUCCUGCCUGAAAAUGAACCAGGAAGCAGCAUCAUGCCAGGAAAAGUGAACCCUACCCAGUGUGAAGCUGUAACCAUGGUGGCAGCCCAAGUUAUGGGAAACCAUGUUGCUGUUACUGUAGGAGGUAGCAAUGGACACUUUGAACUGAAUGUUUUUAAGCCCAUGAUGAUAAAAAAUGUUUUAAACUCUGCAAGACUUCUUGGAGAUGUUUGUGUUUCUUUCACUGACAACUGUAUAGUUGGAAUCCAAGCCAACACGGACAGGAUCAACAAACUCAUGAGUGAAUCCCUGAUGUUGGUAACAGCACUUAAUCCGCAUAUAGGAUAUGAUAAAGCAGCCAAGAUCGCCAAAACGGCGCACAAAGAAGGGACGACGUUAAAAGAAGCUGCUGUAAAGCUGGGGUUCCUUACCUCGGACCAGUUUGAUCAGUGGGUGAAGCCUAAAGAUAUGUUAGGGCCUCAGUAACUUCUCUACAAAGAAAAAGAAGUGUUCAUAACAUAAAAAAUAAAUAAAAGAAAGCAAAUACGA